CACAGCCGCCAUGAGUUACAUCAACCUGCCCACCGUGCUGCCCGGCUCCCCCAGCAAGGCGCGGGGGCAGAUCCAGGUGAUCCUCGGACCCAUGUUCUCAGGGAAAAGCACAGAGCUGAUGAGGAGAGUCCGGCGCUUCCAGAUCGCCCAGAACAAAUGCCUGGUCAUCAAGUAUGCCAAGGACACGCGCUAUAGCAGCAGCUUCUCCACACAUGACCGGAACACCAUGGAUGCUCUGCCGGCCUGCCUGCUCCGGGAUGUGGCCCAGGAAGCCCUGGGUGUGGCUGUCAUUGGCAUCGAUGAGGGGCAGUUUUUCCCUGACAUCGUGGAGUUCUGUGAAGUGAUGGCCAACGCAGGCAAGACAGUGAUCGUGGCGGCGCUAGACGGAACCUUCCAGAGAAAGGCGUUCGGCAGCAUCUUGAACCUGGUGCCCCUGGCCGAGAGCGUGGUGAAGCUGACUGCCGUGUGUAUGGAGUGCUUCCGGGAAGCCGCCUACACCAAGAGGCUGGGCCUGGAGAAGGAGGUGGAGGUGAUUGGUGGAGCAGACAAGUACCACUCUGUGUGCCGCCUGUGUUACUUCAAGAAGCCCUCGGUCCAGCCUGCUGUACCGGACGACAAAGAGAACCUCCCGGUUCUGGCGCCACCACCGCCGCCGCCAGAGGCCUCGGCUGUCAGGAAGCUCUUCGCCCCUCAGCAAGUCCUACAGCACAGCUCUGCCAACUGAGAGGGGCUGGGACCUGACGGACAAAGUGCCCUGGACAGGCUCACCCGCUUGUCACAGUCUUUUUAGUUCCCUUUUCGGUUGCUGGGAUGCUUCAGCCCAGACUAGAGCUAGCGCCUGCCUGCGUGGUGGAUAGGGUUUGACAUCCAGCCAGAGGUGAGGACAAAGCCACACAGUGUUGUGACAUUGGAGGUGCUGGCUUCUUCCUUCUAGGUGGCUUUCAGUCUCACAGGGCCUGGCCCCUUACCGAGGCCCCAGCCCUCACAGCUCUCCCUUUGGUCUGAGGUUUGACCCCAAAUGGCCCCUAGAGCCGAUCUUUACAGAG